AAUUAAAACCCUAAACGAGAAGACUACGAGACGAAUCUAACAGCGACUCUUGGUCUCCCAAAGUCAGAAAAACCCCCUAGAAUUCUAAGUGAAAGCGGGCGAGUUACACUAUGUCAACGACGACCGUGCAGAAGACGAAACCAGUUUUCGUGAAGGUGGAUGAGCUAAAACCAGGAAAAAGCGGCUAUAACUUGACCGUGAGAGUAGUUGAAUCCAAUCCCGUCACACCAGCGACCCGUAAAAAUGGUUCGUUGACGCGGCCAUUUCAAACUCCUCGUAUCGCCGAGUGCCUUAUCGGUGACGAUACUGGAUGCAUCCUUUUCACUGCUCGCAACGAUCAAGUUGAUGUAAUGAAGACUGGGGCAACUGUUACUCUGAGGAAUGCAAAGAUCGACAUGUUUAAGGACACGAUGAGAAUGGCUGUUGAUAAAUGGGGACUCAUUCAAGUUACUGAUCCUGUUUCUUUUGAGGUUAACCGACAAAACAACCUUUCUCUUGUCGAGUAUGAACUGGUAACCGUACCUGUUCAGUAACUUAUGCAUGUUUCUACUUUUCACGUUUCCUUUAUUUUACUAAGUUUAAAAUUUUCAAAGAAUUCUUUAGUGCACCAGUGGAUUAAAUUCAGCACGGUUAUGAUUUUUUUUAUAAUCCGUUGGUUUUGUUUUAAGACGAGAUUGUGUAAUGUUUUUUUUUUCUGCACAGCUCUUGAUGUUUUUACCUCAGGAGCUUGUUGAUUAAAUUGGUGUUGAUCUUAUGAUUU